CAGCCACACUGAAUCCAACACGUGCGGCUGGAAAGUAAAAUUGAAAUAACAUCAAAACAUGGGCGGCAAGAAGAAAGUGCAUCCAAAAACGCGCACGGCGGCUUUCAAGGCCAGCGAACCGAGCGAGAUUGUGGAGGCGCCGCAUUCCUUUGUAAUCCACCGCGGCCUCACUUGCCCGUAUAUCACGGAUCUCACCCUGGACUUCCGCCGGAUCAUGGAGCCGUUUACGGCCAGCAAUCUUCGCGAGAAGCGGAUGAACCGUAUCAAGGACUUUGUGAGCCUGAGCAGCUUCUUCCAUGUCUCGCACAUGGGCAUCUUUAAUAAGGCCUCUACACAGUUGUCUUUCAAAGUGGUUCGCCUGCCUCGCGGACCUUCUUUGACUUUUAAGGUUCACCAGUUCACCCUGGCUAGGGAUGUGAUCUCGUCCAGCAGAAAGCAGAUGAUCGACCUCGAUCACUUUAAGCACGCUCCUCUAGUCAUUAUGAACAACUUCAGUGGCGAUGGCAAGCACCUAAAGCUGAUGGCCACUACCUUCCAGAACAUGUUUCCCUCCAUUAACUUGGCCCAAGUGAAUAUCGGCACCAUCCGCCGCUGUGUGCUGUUCUCCUACAAUCCGGAAACGAAGCUGGUCGAGAUGCGACACUACUCCGUGCAGGUGGUGCCCGUAGGUUUGAAGCGGGCGGUCCAAAAGAUUAUCAAGGGCACAGUGCCCAACCUAAGCAAGUGCAAUGAAGUGGUUGAUUUUGUGACCAAAGAUGGAUAUGCCUCCGAAUCAGAGGCCGAGGAUGACGAACAGUCACAUGUGGUCCUGGCACAAACGCUUAAGAGCAAGGGAAACCUUGAGGACAACAAGAGCUCUAUUAAACUGCACGAGAUCGGUCCCCGUCUAACCUUGCAGCUCAUCAAAAUAGAAGAGGGCCUCCUCACAGGCGAAGUUCUCUAUCACGAUCAUGUGGUGAAAACAGAGGAUGAAAAGGAAACCUUGCGCAAGCUGGUCGAAAAGAAGCGAAAGCAAAAGGAGCAGCGGAAGAAGGAGCAGGCAGAAAAUAGGGCUCGCAACUUAAAACUGAAGAAGGACGAAAAAUGGGCUGCCAAGAGGGCGGCGGAGGGUCGUGCUGACAGCGAUCCCGAGGACGAUGCAGAGUACUACAAAGAGGAAGUGGGCGAGGAACCAGAUGAGGAACUUUUCAAAACUGAAGAAAAAAUGUCUCGCAAGCGGCCCAAUCUGACCGGUGGCAUGAAAUAUAAAAACAAGCGGGCAAAGCUGGAUCCCAAGGACAAGAAGGAUAAGCUUGAUCGGAAGGACAAGUUCAAUCGUAAGGACAAGUUUGACCAUAAAAAUAAAAAGGACAAGUUCGACCCCAAAAACAGGCGGGGAAAGUUCGAUUCCAAGAACAAGCGGCCCAAGUUCGACCACAAAAAGAGUAGGAAAUAAAAGUAGUACAUUAAACAUAAGCUAUUUUAUAAAAACCAUCUGUUAGCCUGA